AUGGUUGCAGCUUGUUCUAGUAGAGCUCAUUUCAGUUUCCGAGAUGACCAGUUUGCUCUUGUGGAGAAGAUACCUGGAACAUUUUUGUCCAUCGAACAUUAUCUCAAGUCGUAUUUCUACCCUCUAUUGGAAGAAACACGUGCAGAGUUGCACUCUAGUUUGGCGGCUGUUUCGGAAGCACCAUUUGCUGAAAUAAUUGCUAUAGAGGAAUCCAACUUUUCUUACUAUAUUGAUGUUGGUGGUUGGGAAAGUGCAUCUGGCGUUGGUGGCCAUGAAACUUACAAACCAAGGGCGGGAGACAUUUUUAUUCUUUCAAAUGAUAUUCUUGAAGCUGUGGCAGAUCUUCACCGACACGACAUGACUUACAUUUUGGGUUCGGUUAGAGUUGAACUGCAUGAUGAAACCUGGAAAGGUUUUAGAAUCAGAGUAUCAAAGAGUAGUGAAGUAACAAAUGGAAUUAAUAAUUUACGUUAUGCGGUUUAUGUUACAAAUAUAACUACCAACAUUCGUAUGUGGAAGGCUCUCAGAUUGGAGACUGGUGUGGAGAUUAGUAAUCUGAAUAUGAUUAAAGCGGUUUUGAACAGCAAGCCGUCGGAUAAUGACACUUGUAAAAUCUGUUCCUCCAGCAGAAUUGGUGUUUGGGCUAAUAAAUUCAACAGCAAUUUUAUAUCAUUCAAUCUCAAUAAGUCUCAAGUAGAAGCAGUAGUAAGUGCUGUAUCAGCGAUAAACUGCAAUCAUUCACACUCUGUUCAACUUAUCUGGGGCCCUCCCGGAACGGGAAAGACAAAAACUGUUGGGACAUUGCUGUGGUCCCUCUUGGCUAUGAACUGCAGAACCCUUACAUGUGCACCAACAAAUAUUGCAGUUACACAAGUUUGCUCACAUCUCCUGAGCUUAGUUAGAGAAUCUUUUCGACGAGAUGAUUUAAACCAAUUCCCUUGUUUUCCCUUCGGUGAUGUGGUGCUAUUUGGAAACAAGGAUCGGAUGAUAAUGGAUGAGGAUUCUCAUCUUAAGGAGAUAUUUUUGGAUUAUCGUGUUGAUAGGCUUGCGGAAUGCUUUGCACCUUUAUCUGGUUGGAGUCAUAAGUUAUUUUCAUUGAUUGCUUUGCUUGAAGACUCUGUCUUUCAGUAUCGUACUCAUUUGAAAAAUAAAAUGGGAAAACGUCUUGUUGGUUUUAGGGAGUUUUUAUGGCAGAAUUUCAAUGCCAUCACAUUGCCGCUUCAGAACUGUAUAAGGCUUCUAUCAGUACAUUUACCUAGAACUUUAAUUUCUGAAUGUAUUUCUACAAACCUCGUCACCCUUUCUGAUUUGCUUGAAACAUUUGGAAGUCUCUUAUGCAACCGCGAUGUAUCCGAAGAAGAACUGGCAGUGCUUUUUAAUCCAGAGGAUCCACAGAUUGUACAUUUUCCAUCUAUGGAUUCACUGCUUAGUGCUGGUGCUCUGUUAGAGGGUUCUGUGAGAACAGCAUUGGACAAAACUAGAAGGGAAUGCAUCCGUAUUGCAAGAGUUCUUCAUGGCACUCUUGAUUUACCCAUUGCUGUUGGAAAAGAUUGGAUCAGAAGUUUCUGUUUGAAGAAUGCCACACUCAUUUUCUGCACUGCCUCUGCUGCUUCUUCGUUGCAAAAUUACGAGAUGGAUCCAUUGGAAGCAUUAGUUGUCGAUGAAGCAGCGCAGUUGAAGGAAUGUGAGUCAGUUAUUGCUCUUCGAAUCAAAGGGAUAAAGCAUGCUGUUCUUAUUGGGGAUGAGCGACAGUUGCCUUCUAUUGUAAAGAGCAAGGUCUCGGAUGCAGCUGGAUUUGGAAGAAGUCUUUUUGAAAGGUUGGGUUCAAUGGGGCAUCAUAAGCAUCUCCUGAAUAUGCAGUAUCGUAUGCACCCUGCAAUAAGCACUUUCCCAAAUGCUAAGUUUUAUGAUGGCCGGAUUUUGGAUGGGCCAAAUGUAACUGAUGCUAUCUAUGGAAGGCAUUGUCUUCAUGGUCGAAUGUAUGGCGCUUAUUCAUUUAUAAACAUUGCUGAUGGGAGAGAGGAAAAGGACUAUAUCGGAAGUAGUUUUAAAAAUAUGGUCGAGGUAGCUGUUGUCGUGCAAAUAGUCAGAAGCCUUUUUAAAUCUUGGCAAGGUACUGGGCAAAGCCUCAGUAUAGGAGUCGUGUCUCCUUACAGCGCACAAGUUAAUGCAAUUCAGGGGAGAAUUGCGAAACAGUAUGAAUCACGAAGUGGCUUCUCUGUAAAAGUUAAGUCCAUCGAUGGGUUUCAAGGGGGGGAGGAGGAUGUCAUCAUACUUUCAACUGUCAGGUCUAGUAGCAAGGGAUCAGUUGGGUUUCUUGCCAACCGCAAUCGAACAAAUGUUGCAUUGACAAGGGCUAGGCACUCCCUUUGGAUUUUGGGAAAGGCGUCGACCUUGGCCAGAAGUGGUUCAAUUUGGGAAGAAUUAAUAAAUGACGUGAAGGAACGAGGACUCUUCUUUAACGCUAAUGAGGAUGCAGCUUUGUCCAAAGCAAUAUUACAAGUCAAGCAUGAACUUAAUCAGCUCAAUGAUUUGUUUAAACCCGAUUCCAUACUCCUCGGCACAACUGUGUGGAAGGUUCGUUUUAGUAACGAUUUUCAGAAGUCAUUUGCAAAGUUGAAGUACCUCCAGGUUAAGCAUGCUGUGAUUCAAUUGCUACUGAGGCUUGCUGAAGGUUGGCGUCCAAGAAGGAGAAGUAUUUAUUUUCCAGACUCCUAUAAGCUUGCAAAACAGUGCCGGGUCAGAGGAUUGUAUCUUAUUUGGACGGUUGACAUUGAGAUUAUUAAGGAUGAAAGAUAUAUCCAGGUGUUGAAGGUUUGGGACAUUUUAUCGAUGGUGGAGAUACCAAAUCUUGUCAACCGUCUUGACAUCAAUUUUGCUUUGUACACUGAUGAUUAUAUAAAGCACUGCAGAGAAAGAUGUCUUGACGGAAAACUUGAAGUGCCAAUGAGCUGGCAUUUAGGAAAAGAUAUCAUUAGGUUUAAGAAACUAUGCAAAACUGAACCUGUGGAGGCAUCAGGAAAGCGAGGACUGGAAGUUAAAAAGUCUACGUUCAAUGUCAAGGUCAGUGAGAAUUUGUUACUGAUGAAAUUCUACUCGUCAUCGUCCGGUGUAGUGAAACACUUGCUCACUGAUACUGAGGGGAAGGAAAUUGAUCUUCCGUUUGGAGUAACUGAACAAGAAAAGGAGAUCUUACGUUUUUCUAGUAGCACCUUUAUUCUGGGAAGUUUGGGGACUGGGAAGACAAUGGUAUUGACUAUGAAGCUGAUUCAGAGGGAACAACAGCAUUAUAUUUCUUCGAAAGGACUCUCUGGUGUGAGGGAUGGCUCCUUUGAGUUUGUCUGUGAGAAGAAUGAACUAGGUGCAGAUCCUGCAGUGGGGAAGGCAUUUUUCUUACGCCAAAUAUUUGUUACUGUCAGCGCAAAGCUUUGUGCUUCUGUAAGGAGCCACAUAUGUAGACUCCAAAGCUUUACUUCUGGUGGUGGCUCUUCUAACAGUGCUAGUUCUACUGCCACCAAUUUGCAUGAUAUCGGGGACAGUCUAACUGAUUUCAUGGAUGUUCCUGAUAGUUUUGUUGAUCUACCGCACAAGCACUACCCUCUUGUAAUCACCUUUCAAAAGUUCCUUAUGAUGCUUGAUGGGACAAUGUCGAACUCAUUCUUCAAUAAAUUUCGGGCUGUAAGGGAACUUUCUGUGGAUAGGAAGUCUCUUGCCUUAAAAGCAUUUAUCCGCAGUAAAGAGGUUAACCUUGAGUGCUUCAUUUCAUCUUACUGGCCCCAUUUUAAUGCAAAGUUAACAAAGAAGCUUGACCCUUCGAUAGUUUUCACCCAGAUCAUUUCACAUAUAAAGGGUGGAUUGCAGGUGGGUGGGGACCAUGAUGGUAAACUAGGGAGAGAGGGUUAUAUAUUGCUUUCUGAGGGCCGGGUGUCCAUUUUAAGCAGGGAAGAAAGGGAAAUGAUAUAUGAUAUUUUUCUUGAGUAUGAGAAGAAAAAAGAGGCAAAUGGAGAAUUUGAUUCAUCUGAUUUGGUCACAUAUGUUCACCAUAGACUUGGUAAUGAAGGCUUUGUUGGUGAGAAGUUUGAUUUUGUAUAUGUGGAUGAGGUCCAGGAUCUUACAGUGAGACAGAUUGAGCUUUUCAAAUACAUAUGCAACAAUUUUCAGGAAGGCUUUGUGUUUGCGGGCGACACAGCAAAGACUAUUGCCAGGGGAAUUGAUUUCAGGUUUCAGGACAUAAGAUCUCUCUUUUACAGAGAGUUCCUUUCAGAACUGAGUGGAUGUAAGGAGAGAGGAAAGGUAAAGGAAAUGCAAGUCUCCAAUGUUUUCCAUCUAAAUCAGAACUUCCAAACUCGUGCUGGUGUUCUGAAAUUGGCACGUAGUGUCAUGGACUUGCUCUAUCAUUUCUUCCCAUCAUCUGUUGAUGUUUUAAGUCCUGAGAUUAGUCCUAUACAUGGAAAGGCACCAGAAGUACUCAACUUCAGGAAUGGUGAAAAUGCCAUUAUGAGUAUUUUUGGGAGUAGUGGAAGCAGUGUUGGUGCUAGUGGGUUUGGAGCUGAGCUUGUGAUUUUAGUUCGUGAUGAUAUCAGUAAGAAGCAGAUAUUCAACCAUGUUGGUAAACAAGCGCUUGUUCUAACCGUCAUAGAGUGCAAGGGACUAGAAUUUCAGGAUGUACUGUUAUAUGACUUUUUUGGAUCUUCGCCUUUGAAAGCUCAGUGGAGAGUAAUUUAUGAAUUCAUGAAAGAUAAAUGCCUUCUUGAUGCUGCCACACCCACGUCAUUUCCAUUUGAUAUGGCCAACCACAGUAUCCUUUGUUCGGAACUUAAACAAUUGUAUCUCGCUAUUACUCGUGCGAGGCAAAGGCUAUGGAUUUGCGAGAGUAUUGAGGACUUAUCUAAGCCAAUGUUUGAUUACUGGAAGAAGAAGUGCCUUGUACAAGUGAGACACUGGGAUCAGUCACUUGUACAGGAUAUGCAAACAGCAAGCAGCACAGAGGAUUGGAGGCUGCGGGGCACUGAGCUAUUUAACGAGGGUAAAUUUGAGAUGGCCAUGAAUUGUUUCAAACAGGCUGGAGAUGAAUUCAGGGAAAAAUGGGCAAAAGCAGCUGCACAUCAUGCUAAUGCUGAGCGCAUUUUUUCCACGAAUUUCGAAAUGGCUCGGACUGAACUUACACAAGCUGCUGGGAUUUAUGAAUCGAUUGGUAAGGCAGAUGCAGCCGCGUAUUGUUUCACAAUGUUGAAGGAGUUAAAAACACAAGGUAGACGGAACUCCAGAACAACAUGUCGGCGGUAACCCUUUUGUUGUUAUCUUAACCAUGUGUCCAUUAUCUAUUGUGGAGUGGCCAGUCCCGUUGCUGACCAAAUCCAGGGCAACAAGGAAAAUAACAAGUCUAAGCUCCAGGAAAAUGCAAGAACAGGUGAAAAUAGUCUUCUUAUUAUUGUACAAGGUUGUGUGUGGAUGAAAUUAGCGAAAGAAGAAGUCCCCUCCCCCCACCUUUUUUUCACUUUGUUUUUGUGCGAGCCUAAAAUUCAGGCUGACCACCCAUCUGAGAAGCCCCACAGCUUGGACAUUAUGUAGCUUUAAUAUAACUGCUUCUUGCUUUUGGAUUUGGGAUGCUUUAUAUAUUGUAAAAAAAUCUGAUGUUAUUAAA